CUUGAUACCAAGUGGCUGUGUAUGUUUCAGGGUGGGUAGUUCAUUUCUUCAGAGGCGAAUACAGUGUUGUUAAUCAAGAUGCAGUUCAUGCUUCUAUUCAGCCGACAAGGCAAGCUCAGGCUUCAGAAGUGGUACGUGCCUUUGUCUGAUAAGGAGAAAAAGAAGAUCACCAGGGAGUUGGUGCAGACGGUCCUGGCUCGAAAGCCCAAAAUGUGCAGCUUUCUAGAGUGGAGGGACCUCAAGAUCGUAUAUAAGAGAUAUGCCAGCCUGUACUUCUGCUGUGCCAUCGAGGACCAGGACAACGAGCUCAUCACACUGGAGAUCAUCCACAGAUAUGUGGAGCUGCUGGACAAAUACUUUGGCAGUGUUUGUGAGCUGGACAUUAUUUUCAACUUUGAGAAGGCUUACUUCAUCCUGGAUGAAUUCCUGCUGGGUGGUGAAGCUCAGGAGACGUCCAAAAAGAACGUAUUGAAGGCCAUUGAGCAGGCCGACUUGUUACAGGAGCCCCGUCAUGAGUACUUUAAUGUGCCUGUGUACUGAUUGGCUGCCAUCGCUGCUGCUGCUGCUGCUGCUGCUGCUGCUGCUAUCCACCCUGCAUGCUGAGCUCCUCAGUGCCUGGCACCUUGCUCUCUGCCCUCUGAGCACCUGUUAUUGCCAUGUGGUUUGGGGGGUGUUAAAAUAUUCUCAGCUCACUGUUCAGCUCCAUACAUGACAGUCAUGAUACGAUAUUGUCACAGUGUUAAUUUAAAACUACAGUAAAUGAUGAUAACACUUAGAGAAGUUACUCAUCAGUGUGUUUAUUAAUAAUAAUGUAAUGUGUUGUGUGGUGACAUAUUGGUACAUGCCUGUCAUUCAUCCACUUAUUAUUGGUUUCAUUGCAACAGUUGAACACCUCUCUUUAUUAUUCACUGUAAAACAGCAAGUGCCAUCAUGAACCAAGAGAAAGAUCCACUUACUAGAUUUUCUUCAGCGUGUUAAACCUUCAUCAGUGAAGGGAAGUACAGCUUUAAAGGGGACCGCUACCUAUGAAAGUGAGCGACUCUCUCAAAGCCAGAAACCAGAAAAGUGAGUCUUAAACUUGUGAUGUCAUCAAGUAUAAAGUCUGGAGCUGCUCCAUAGACGAUGAACGAGAGACUGAUUUUGUGGACCCACUGAAUAUUUGUUUUCUUUUAUAUAUCACACCGGCGGCGAACGCUGUGUGUUAAGAAAAUAAGCCCCCACACCAGCGGCUGCUGGAUGCACAUCUGGAUGUAAUGCCGUACGGCACUUCAUGCCACUGUCCUUGCUACCCUGAGAAUUAAAUGCACCCCCCCCCCCCAGUCGCUCUCUGCUUGUACAGCUCCCAUUGCACCUCUUCUUCUCUGCUAUGGCAGCUCGACUCCUCUCCUCACCAUUGAUGCAUAAAGAGCACUCUGUUGCUGUUGCUGUGUCUUGUGUGUGACGAAACAUAGAUGAGGAGAGACUCGUGGUUGAGGUUGAGCUCAACAACCAACUUUAAUUAGGGGCUCUCCACAAGUGAUUUUAAGCUAAUGCAGAUGUGGAGGAGUUACAGAUCUUUCAGUAAAAGUAGUAGUGACUUUGUGUGGUCGUCUGUUAACGAGCUGUGGAGCAAUGCGUUCAGUGUGUGCUGGGCGGCACGUGACGUGUGUCAUGUUUCUAGUUUCAAUGUCAUCUAGAACAUCUUUCACCAUUCACUGGGUGCGGCUUCUCAUUCAGAAUGAAAUAAAUCUGAAUGAAAUCAUUCGGAAUUAAAGUUUUUCCAGGUAGUUUACAUGGGAAAUAUUCAUUCUGAAUGAGGGUUCACACAGGAAAUCAGUUUAAUCGCCUUUUUUCGGGUCUGCGCAAGGUUUGGGGCAGGGAAGGUUUCUGAUUGGAUAGGGGGCGGGGCGGAUGUUACGUGUUUACGUUUACCGGAAGAAAACACUGUGGUCCUCGCUCCGGAUAACAAGAUGCUUGACGACGCCGUUCUUAGUGCCUUUUUCAGGCUUGUUUUGCUUAUAUUCUUGAAGCAGCAGUACGACAACAACUUUGUUCUGCUAAUGCUUCAUCUGUUGAGGAGGAGAAGGGAGGUAGAAGACCGUGCUGUGGCGAAUGGAAACCGGUGAGUGCAAUGAGUCUGACUGCUCUAUCUCAGCCCGUUGCUAUGCGCGCUAUAUACGUCAUCGCGCCAGAAGGGCAAGGAAACGAGCAUGCGCAGAAAGACCGGAAUGAACUUAAAGAGGAAUGAGUGUAUACAUGCACACAAAAUUAUGCUAUUCGGAAUGACAAACGGAAUGAACCACCCCCUUUAAUCGGAUUUAAUUUUCAAUCGGAAUGACCGUUUACAUGACCGCUUUUAAUCGGAAUGGCCUUUCGUUCCGAAUGAAAGUGGAAUUAAACUGUCCAUGUAAACGUACUGAUUGUCUAUGGAGCAGCGCCAGACUUUAUACCUUGUGACAUCACAAAUUAGAGUUUUAACACUCUAGUUUUUGGAUUUUGAAGACAGUUGUUUAUGUUUACUAAUAUUUUCGGAAAUUUGCAGCUGAUAUACUAAUUAUUAUUUAAAGGUUUUAUUGAUAACAUUUUUAUGUAGAUGAAUCAGUUUUAAUAAUACAUCCACAAAGUUUUUAGAUGAGGGCUAAAAUUAUGUCAUUUCUGAAAGAAAGAAAUAUACUGUGAAUUCAUCAUUUUAAAAAUUUCGUUGAGUCCAAAAUUAAUGUUUUCUUUCUAUCUGUGUAAGAUGUCUGACCUUUGGUUACUAUGUCAAGGCUUUGAACCAGUAAUAUAACAGCGUUGGUAUCAUGUGGUAUCUCGGUGUUCAAUUCAAUUUAAUUUUAUUCAUAAAGCCCAAUAACACAAAUCCCAAUUUGCCUCAGAGGGUUUUACAGCAUACGACAUCCCUCUGUUCUUUGACCCUCACAGCAGAUAAGGGAAAACUCCCCAAAAAACCCUUUAAUGGGGAAAAACUGGUAGAAACCUCAGGAAGAGCAACUGAGGAGGGAUCCCUCUUCCAGGACGGACAGACGUGCAAUAGAUGUCGUACAGAACAGAUCAGCAUGAUAAAUUAACAGUAAUCUGUAUGACACAAUGAGACAGAGAGAGAACAUCUACAACAACAUUCAUAUUAGUAAUAAAAAAUGUUAAUGUUACCAAUAUCACCUUUAAAACCAGUUGAAUUCAGCUGCUGUAGUUUUUGGUUGAAAGAAAAUCUGUACAGUAUUGGAUCAGGGUGGCAUCUGACUGAUGGUCACAUUUAUCACACUGAGUAUUCAGACUGAAGUUACACAACACAAAUCAUUACAAAAUUAUCCACUCAUGAUGGAUCUGUUCUCCACAACGUCCCCAUUUAUUCUUCUGUUUCUCUGUGCUGUUGUCACUCAGAAUUUGUGGGGAAAGUCUGCCCCCUGUGGUGCACACGUGUGUCUGACUGUGUUGAAGUGCUCAGUACAUCUUGAAGGCAUUUGAUUUGAGUGUAAACAAACUCUCUGUAAAGAAAUAUUUGAAGACCAGAUCACAGAAUAUGAUCAUCUGAAUUCUGAUGUCACUUCAACACAGAAUUGAAGACCGUCACAUUCACACUGAAGUGUUUAUUAUGUCCAAGAGGUGUUCAUCCAGUCAGUUAUUGGGUCCCUCACUGGUCUUUAUGGUGUUUCUUGUGUAUUCGUUGGUACAGUUUUGUGUUUGUCUUCUCACUUCAUAUCAUAUAUGUUUGAAUUUUAGGUAUUGUCCUUGCUUUGAUUUGUAGGAGUUGUUAUAAUGUUUUAUUAAUCAGAACAAAUCUAGUUCAGACCACAGCACACACUAGAAGGUCUAAUAGCUUUUCAAUAUUUUAAAUGAUUUUUAAGAGUUUUAAAUUAUUUAUAGCUCCUGAUUAUUUACCGUUUAAAUAGAUAGUGAAGAUCCUCCUCUCGAGGUAGGUUUCUGUAGUAGAAUUAAAGCUGGGGUAGGUAGAAAUCUUCCUUUGAAAACACACCCUCCUCCUGCAGCCCUCUCCUCUCUCUGUCCUAAGCAUCUCCCAGCAAAUGUGCACAGGCACAUGCACGCACUUCAUACAGUAACCCAGUGUUUCCCAUACACUGAUUCAUAUAAUAUUAUUUAUAUUGUGCAGUUGCACGCAGCUCAUUUGCUCAGUCCCUCUGCGAUCUGCUCUCUCUUCCUUUGUUUAUCAGACCACAAAGGAGACAAGGAUUAGCUGCGAGCCAUCCCAUGGUCCCUCCGCCUUGCUCCUCACCACUGUGGGCUGCUUCCUGGCAGCAGCUCUGCAGACUGACCUAAGUCAGCGCCUAUAGUGGCUCAAAUUCGGCCAGUGCAAACCCCUCAUCCUCAGGUGUCACAUGUGCAUGUGGCUUGCAGCAACGCACGGUCUAUCCUGUCUAAUGUAAUGGCAGCAACAGAAAGUUUGCUGAUCUGGUGGAGAGUUGGGGCUGUCCGUUCCCCUUGAGCUGGGGUUUGCACUGGCUGGAUUUGUCGCUGCAGCUGCUGACUGGGGAUUCGUCUCCAGAACAGCGGCCUGCUCUCCUUUCGAUGAGGUGGUCUAUAAUGGUGGGGAGUGAGGCGGAUGUUAGCUACAUAAACAUGAACUUGAAACCAUAGCUGCGAGCCUUUAGCCCCAUUUCCACCAAACACUUUCGGUAUGGUACCUUUGGAACCAAAAGUAACCCUUCAGACAUGGUACCUAGACCCUAGCAUUUCCACUGCAAACAGUACCCUUAAAUGUGUGCGGGGUUGUUGUCACUCACUGCUCCGUCCAGCACUCACUGUAUUUCCUACUUUAUCAGUCUGCACCUCAUUUAUCGUCUCCAUGGGAUAUUUAAAAAUAGCGUGUAUAUGCAUUUAGUCCUUCUCAGGCAAGCUCAGGGGUUUAAGGCCCGUUUCCACUGCAGGAACUUCAGGGUAAUUUUACGGGGCCGGGGCCGUUGGUGCGUGUCUCCACCGCAGGAACCACCCCCGAAGAACAGAGUUCCGGAACUUUUACAGGGGCUAAACAAGUCCCUGCCUCGGAGUAGGUACUCAGAACGGCCCCGAGUAACUCCUGGCUGGGUCUUGGGGGUUACUUGGUGCUGAUUGGAUAUACUCAAGGCGGGAUGUGACUUUUUGUAAAUAACAUGGUUAUCGUAGAUUAGCUGGGCUAACCGUUAGCUGUUAGCAGUGUCUGUAUUAACUCAAUAAACGGUCCGUGAAUUUUUUUUUUUUUCCCAGCGAAUAUCUUAGUUACAACAUGAUUGAGCUAGCAAAGCAGUUUUGUGUUGCUAUGCGUGGUAUUUAUUCAGUUUUGGGAAAUCACAAUGUCUAGAAAGCAUCAGCUGACAGGGACAGCUAACAGCAGCAGCAAAGCUAACAUCAGGACGUCAUCUGUUAAAAGCCUCCCGUUGUUGGAUACGACAUGAAACUACUCCAGUUAGCUCAAUCAUGUUGUAACUAAGACAUCCGCUGGAAAAAAAAAAAAUUUCACGGACCGUGACCGGAGUUAUUACAGACACCGCUAAUGGCUAAUGGCGUCCCUACGCCCCUACGUCGCCCCGGUCGAAAUGGUCGCGCAACCAUUACGUCACAUACAGAGCCAGGUAACUUUACAGGAACCUUCCUCCUACUCCGCUCUCUCAGUGGAGACACAGCGGUUGAGAGGGCCGAGUGAGAGGACGUUCCUGUAGUAGUUCCUGCCCCCCAAAUAGUACCAGGAACUUCUUCAGUGGAAAUGGGCCUGCAGUGUUGCUGUAGCCCACAGGAACAAUGCUCCGCGAUGCUUUUUUUCUUCAAAUGAGGUAUAGAAUAUAUGCAGUGGUCGUAAUUAACAUCUACUUUUAAAUGCUUAAAGAUCCACUCAUUACUAAAAGUGUAUCUCAUCCAAGAGAGACAAUAAAAACUAAAGUAAUGGUUAAAGUUGUCUAAAUGAAAUUUAAGGUGAUGGAUUCGCUAUUGACCAGUCAACGGACUGCAGUGUUCACAGCUCCACCUUUUAGUACCAGAUCUGUGUGCUAAGUACCCCAACAGAGGGGGGACCAAACAUGGGGAUGGUAAGGAACGGUUCUAUUGGUACCAUCCACAACUUUUUGCAGUGGAAACAGAAAAAUUUGCGAAGGAAAUGGGGCUUUUGGCUCUGGUUAGGAGAAGGCUAAACUAUGAGCAACAUUUUCUCUCCAUCUCUGAAACACUUUGCUGAUACUGGCACACGUUUGAUUUUGUUUAUUGUCAGACUCUCUUUUAGACUCUGUUUGAAAAGUCUGUCUUCCUUUUCUGGGUCCCUUUGCAGCGUAGGCAGUCGUUGCCAAUGCUGGAAUAGCAACCUAAUCUGCAGGAUUCUCUGCCAUUGAAUCAGGCUUUCACUGAAGGGACAUGCACUCAUGUCUGCACUUAUAGAACAGCCAAUAGGAACGUCCCCUCUCUGUCUGAAUGACCUGUGAUUGGUCAAAGUCUCCUGUCACGGGCUAGAUUUUCAUAAGCCUUAAAACAGAGCCAAGAGGAGGUGCAGAAGUCAGUUUUCUUUCAGUUUAUUAUAGGAUUGUUGUCCAUGUAAACCAAAAUUAAAAUUCCUACCCCAGCUUUAAUCAUGCGAAAGAAAUAUUUUGCACUGAUUCACUACAGGCUGGUGUGGCUUUUAUGUUAUUUUGAUAGUAGACAUUUAAACACACUUGAAAUAAUCAGCCUUAGAAAUUCUCCAUCUUUCUUAAACACACACUGACUCAGCACUUGUUUUUUAUCUGUGUCCGACUAAGAUAGAGACCAUCCUGAUAAAUUUACUAUGAUGAUGAUGAUAUUUUCUCACUGUAUAUAAUAGAUAAAUAAAUUGUUUAUGAUUCAUUGUCAGUAAAGCACACUGGUGUCUUUCUUUAAUAUAACUGAUGUGUUUAUGGUGGUUUUUCCCCAGAUGUGACACAUUUGAAGUUCAGGCUGACAUUUAGUAGUUUAGUUUAUACUGCCACUGUUUGCUUCUGUGUUGUAAACAAACCCGAUAACCUCACCGCUGAAUGGUGUCAGGCUCCAUUUGCUUUGCAGAUGAAGAUGUUUAGCCCACAUAAUAGGUGACGAGGGAGUCAUCACUCUGCCUAAAUCGACCCCAAGAGUGAGGGAGUCUAUAAUUGGUGAAUAAUGCAUAGUUUUUGUUUCAAGGUCUGGGCUGAACAUUUUGCACUGAAAAUGAAAUGACACUUCAGAAGUCACUGUGUAGACUUCGGUUAUUUUUCUCCUCUCACCAUAAAGCAAUGUUUCUGUCUUACUGCUCUGAUGCAACUCCUCUCUUUACUUUGUGCUGAACGUUGUUUCAGGAUGCCAAAGUAAGUGCUUCUUUUUCUUUCUGCCACAAGCUGCCAGUUUCCCUGAACACUGUUGUCAUUUAUGAUUUCUGGCACAUUAGCGUAGACACACGCCUUUCACAGCAGACAUGUCUCUUCAUAAUAUUAAUGAUGGCUGCGUUCCAUUUAGCUAACCCAGUUCCAUGGUCCUGGUACUGUGCAUGCUCCCUCACUGACAUGGCUUACUGGGACUAAAUGGGAUGGAACCACCAUGAAUGUUAUUUGCACCUGAGCCUCUCCUGCUUUGACAAGGAUCUACUUGUAAAAGAAUUCACACUAAUUGCUGUCUCAAAACCCCAAAUAUAAGUGUUAAAUUUGGAAGGUGAACUGAACUAAAGA